CAUUUCCCUUUCUCGCUCCUCUCUCCCUCUCUCUCAUUUGAAGCUCAAAGCCAUGGCUACUCUAACGGCGGCCGCAGCUCGUCAACUCGCCACUUCAAGUCGCAUCUCCACGGCGAGAACCUCGUCUCUCCCUUCCAAUAUAAUCCACCGCCGCGGCCUCGCCGGCGCUGCUGAUCACCAUGGACCCCCAAAGGUUAACGUCUGGCAAGACCCAUUGAGCCCAUCUAAAUGGAAGGAAGAGCAUUUUGUAAUUGUCUCCUUAUCUGCCUGGGGUCUACUCAUCUUUGGAGGUUACAAGUUCUUCACUGGAGGCAAAGGCAAGAAAGAAGAGAACCUUGUGGAAGCAAAGCACUGAGGUUUGGAGUUUUAGAUAUUCCCAGAACUUCUUCGUGAUAACGAGUUUGCUUGGAUAUAACAUGUCUUCGUAUUUCUUUCUCAUUGUCAGAAAAUGAUCUAUGAUCGGUCUGUGGAGAUCGAUCCAUUGAAAAAGUUGAGGUCAAUGGUUUUGUUGGGAGUUCAUGCCCCUGUCGAGUUGUGCUCUUUUUGUAGUUGCUUUUACGAUCCCAUGAGUUAACUUUUCAUGUUUUCAAUAAUAUAAUGGCAUCCUUCGUACAAA